CACUGUCUGUUGUUAGUUGUCUGGCCAAUAGCGUGAGAAGCGGUUGUAAAUCGCGCACGAGUUUUUUCCACUUGAAGUGAAUUUAUCAUCAAGUAUCUUUGAGUAUAAAAAAUACACGAGAGCAUAUAACAGCAUUAACGUAAAAAGCAAACAAAGAAGCACAUUUAAUUGAAUAAAAAAAGAACAUUUGAAGAUUAUAAAUUAAAAAUUUUGUUCAUCAUAAUAAAAUGAGUGCAGCGAACCAAAUAACAAUCCAAAUGGAUAAGCUACCCACUAGGGAAGUUUCACCAAAUAAUCAUAGUAAUCAUAGCAAUAGUACUGAUGACAUCGAUGGACGCAAUAAACGCAAUACACGCUUAUCAAGAGCAGUGCCCGAAAUUUCUGAUGAUGAUAAUGAUGAACGUUCCAAUGUCAAUGGCUCGCACAAUUCUGGCGUGGAUGAUGGUCUGUUAGAGGAUGGCGAAGUCAUGCCUAAGCAGCCCAAUGGCGGAAGGCGUCCAAGUUAUAUGUUCCCUGGCUACGCAGGACCAGGAUUCGUCAAUAUCAAUGGUGUGGAAACACCAAUUCCGGACGUUAAUGCUUAUCAGCACAAAAAGACGUUAGCGCAGGGCAUGAUGGACUUGGCGCUGCUCUCUGCAAAUGCCAACCAGCUGCGUUAUGUACUGGAAACAAGCACUGCGCAUCCAUACUUUUAUCCCAGUUUAAUAUUCAUUUCGCUGAGUAUUAUAUUUCAAAUUGCAGUCGGUGUUGGCCUUAUAUGGAACGGCAGGUACAACAUCAAAGACGAAAAGGAGAUCUGUCGCGCAAACAAAAUUAAUAAUUACACAGUCAUUGGCAUUUUCAUUGUUACUGUUGUCAAUGUUUUAAUAUCAUCGUUUGGCCCCGUCGAACGAGCAUCUGGCACUCCUACAUAGACGAAUCAACGCGCACUCUUAUUUUUAGGCCACUUUGGAAUAGGAUAAUACUCACUUGUCACUUGUCAAAAUUUCACGAGACUCAUUUUUAUAAUUUAGUAUUGUUAUUGUGAUAAAUAAAUUUAAACUUCAAUUUCA